CGCAUUCCUUCUCCAGGAGCCCCCCACCAACUCUCUUCCUCACCCCACCAAACCUCCCUCCCUACCACAACAGUAGGACAGCAGGGAGACCGUCUACAGAGACUAAUGAGAGGACAGCCACUCUACAGUCGUAUGCCAUGCGGCUAGUGUAAUAGUUUACAGAAAGUCCGAAAGUGUGACGUCCUAACCGCCAGCGCGCUGCCUAACUGCUCAGGAAAUACUACGGAGUUUUGGAACCAAUUUCGCCAAAGGAGCGACGAGAUUCUGGAAUUACUGGAGUUGUGGACAAGUCCGGGAACUACGUUGAGGCUCAGGAGCAGCUCAUCUUUCGAGGAAGGACAUACUUUUGAACAGCAGGAGUUCAGGAUGGAGAGAGCGUCACUGUUUUUGCCCCUUGUCAUUCUACUGAUGCAAUGCCUUCCCAUUGUCCCUGUUACCGUGUCAACAACCACACCCAAGGUGGAGGUCCGUGAGAACUCUGAUGCGGUUCUGAGCUGUGAUUUUCGGACAGAGAAGGAACAGAAUCCUCGAAUCGAGUGGAAGAAGAAAGGAACAGAUGUAUCAUUUGUUUACUAUGAGGGACACUUCAGAGGUGACUUUGCGGGGCGUGCAAGGAUCAAGGGGGCGACGGUGACCCUACAGAGGGUGACCCAGAAAGACGCGGGCGAGUACCGCUGUGAGAUCAGUGCCCCUCACGACACCAUCACCCUGGGGGAGACUAACAUCACCCUCAAAGUCUUGGUGCCCCCCCACACCCCAUCCUGUGAGAUCCCCAGCUCAGCCCUGACGGGUUCUGUGGUGCAGCUGCGCUGUAGGGACCAGCAGAGCAUCCCCCCAGCCACCUACUCCUGGUACAAAGAUGACAAGCCGCUGACCCCCUCCCGUAUGGCCAACGCCACCUACCACCUUAACCCAGUUACGGGCAUACUGGAGUUUAAGAUGGUGGCGAGAGGCGACGCGGGACAGUACAGCUGUCUGGCAUCAAACGAAGUGGGGCCGCCCAAGAUGUGUGAGGCUAAACACAUGAAGAUAGAGGAUGUAAACAUGGCAGGGGUCGUUGCUGCGGUCGUGGUCAUCUGUCUGGUCAUCGCCAUUUGUGGCUUCGGGGGGUACUAUGCACACCGUAAUGGCUACUUCAGCAGACACAGAGGAAGGUCCUUUUGGAUCCCUCAGUGUCACGGUGUGGCCCACAUCAGCAGCCAAAACCUCCACAGAACAGAAGACAAGACGAAUGCCAACUACAGCCCUCCGCCCCAAGAUCCUGUGGACUUCAAACACACCCAGUCCUUCAUGCUGUGAGGACCUCGACAACCCCUAAAAGAAACCACACACACCAGCAUCAUGGCAAGACUGGAGUAGUUUUAUUCGAUCCAAAUGAAUAGCAAGGAGGCACAGACAACUUAGCGUAGAGGCCCUGUAUUCCUCCUGUUUUGCUGUACUUGGGCCCUCAAUGCGAGCCUAUUAUAUUAGUCACAUGGCACUCUAUUCCCCCUCUGGUGGCCAAGUUGUUAAAAAUGACAUCCCACACAAAUGCUCACUUACCCCUCAACUGGCCAAAACAUGAACUACCUAAAUCUUAUUUUAUACCAAAGACUUGAACAUGGCAUCUGAGUGUAAUAUACUGUAAAUAUUUUCUGAUGGCUUUUGGCUAAGCAUAGAUUUUUAUUUAACUAGGCAAGUCAGUUAAGAACAAAUUCUUAUUUACAAUGGCAGCCUACCCCGGCCAAACCCUAAU